AUGCCUCAAGUUCAACUAACUGGCGAGAGGGGCGAGCCUCUCGUCCCCUUGCUUCAACCUCAGCAUGGGAGUCCGCCUGGAAAACGGGGCUUCCACGACCAAAAUACUUUUAAAGAUGGCAAAGACUCAGAGAGCAAUGACGAUCAAAACACGCCUUACGAAGUCUAUGGAGGCAAGUUCAGCUUCAGGGCGUUCGUUCAAAACACGCUCAAAGCAUGGAGCUUCCACUCUCUGUAUCGCCUCUUCUACAAUGUCCGCCACUCUAUUCGCAACCAGACCAAGGUUGUCAUUUUCAAAAGCCGACCGAUGACCCUCCUCGCCAUACUGGUUCACGUCCCGCCCAUCGUUGCGACUGCCUUCAUGAGCCAUCUCAUCUUUCGCGAGUACUGGAUCGGCGCAGAUCUCACGCCAAACAGGGGCUGGGACAGGCAGGCGAAUCUCCUCAUCCAGUUCGCCGCCAAGUUCCUCGAGAUCAUGAUCAUCGGGUCACUCACGACAAUGAUUUUCACCUUUGUCCGGCGGGAGGUGACCCUGGGCCAGGGCGCACCGCUUGCAGCCUUCUUCGCGGGGAACAGCUUUAGCUCGCCCGAGUUUCUGUGGUCGGACGAGAUGACUGCGAUGCUCAGGGGCCGUUUCUCGACCGUCUGGAAGAAGGUGUUUUUCGUUUCGUUCCUGACCUUGUGCUGCCUGCUGGCGGUCGUUGUCGCACCCGCCACCGCCACGGUUCUCACCCCUCUCAACGAUUGGUGGAUGAUGGGAGGCUCCUGGGUUUACAUCGACAAAGCCGGCAGGGCUAUUUAUCCCAAGACGCUGACUGCCGCCGACACCGUCAAGGGCGACGUGUGCGAGGUCGCCGGCAACGUCGACUGCCCUUCUGCCGGCUGGGACUCGCUGACACACUUGGUGAGCUAUCUACCGGACCAUGCCGUCCUCAACGUCACCAAAGGGUCCUGGAUCCGCAUACCGGCCCUUUUCCCGCUUGCCACCCCGGAAUCGAUCCUGCAGAUUUCGCUGUCCGUCCGCGAGCCCGAGGAAUCAAGCGGUUGGAAGGUGUCACGGAUGACCCUGCCGCAUCGCAUGACGGGCGCGGCCUUGGCUGCGACGACAAUGCUGUGGCAGGACGCUCUCACUAUGAUGGCGAAGGAAAACAAGCAUUAUCGAGGAUCGGACUACAGGUACUCGACCUUCCAGGAGCUACCCUCGAUGGAAACCCGGUGCCGAGUUACCGUUGUCGCCGCCAACAGGACAAUGCCCAGCGGUAACAACAAUGAUAACAAGCCUGUCAAUUUCCCGGAAGUGCGCACCGAGGCCUCUUUUGCAAACAACACCGAGGACAUGGCCUUGCAAAACUCGGCCACGGAAGCGAUUUGGUCAAACCCAAACACCACGGAGCCCCAAUUGUUCUUCUUUGACAUCGAGCCCCAGGAGAGCCUGUCUGCCAACGUCUCCGUCGGCACCGUGGUCUCGCUCCCACGCAAGGGGGAAGCAUGGCGCUGUAUGGAUGCUUGA